AUUCUCUUGAGUUGAAGUCUUUCCUAUCUCAUAUUCUCUCUCUCUCUCCUUAAAACCAACACAAGCAUUUUAUCUCUCUCUAAUAUAGCUAUGGAUGGGUUAAAAACCAAAAAAUCUGGUAUGUUGAUAUCUACUUCAGAUAAUGUCUCCAACACUGAUUCCAAAAAAUCAUUGUCUAGGGUCAAGCACACAAAACUAGCCUUAAUCGACUCCAAGAUUGCUAAAAGGAUAUUGGCAAAAAGAAAAUUCUUUGCAAGAUUGAGAGAAAUGAAGUAUAAUAAUUACCUUUCCAAUCUUGAGAAGAAGGUACAAGCAUUGCAAACAAAAGCAGCAUCCAUAUCUGCACAAAAAUCUAUAUUACAAAGAAGUGCUGAAAAAAUAGCUGCUGAGAACAAUGUAUUAAGGUUGAUUUUGGAAAGCAAGCAGCAAUACGUGUACUCACAAAUGGAGAAAAUACAACAAUUGAAAGGAGAAAUUUUACAACAAUACUAUGACAACAAUGAGACCCUUAAGAAGGAGGAGGAAGAGGAGGAGGAGAAGGAAGAAGAGGAAGAAGAUCAGGAGAAUGAGGAAGAGGAGGACAAGGAGGAGGAAGAAGAGGAAGAUAAAUAGUAUUAAUAAAUUUGAGUACUUUGAAAUAAAAAAAGACAUAUGAAUAAUAUUUCUUGUGGUAUAAUUUAUUAAGUGGCAAGGAUUAGAGAGACCAGAUAUUGUCUUAAUUUACAUCUCCAUCUCUGUGAAUUUUCAUUUGUCAAUGUCCAUAGUUUAUUUUGGUCAAUUAUAUGUUUGACCUUUUAGUCAUGAACAGUAAAUUAUCUUAUUUAGAGAUUAUGCAUUUAUCUUGGUGAA